CACUCCACUGCUGAGAGUGAAGACACAGCCAGAGCGCUGGGACAUUCCAUCUGCAGCACAGCUCUCUGUAAGGCUGUGCUUCAGCAAAUUGCUGGAAAGAGUCAGCCUCUGAGACAGCUCUCUGGACAGUCUUACUCCAACACAUCAGCUGGAAACGGUCUUCUUCAGGCAGCAGAGUCAGAGCUGUCCUGUUGGUCAUCCACUGACCUCUACAAAGUGUCAGAUCUCCAACUGGCAUACCCUGCAUCCUUUUCAGGCAGUAACUAAAUUUACCAUGGCUCCCAAAAAGAAGAGUGUCCGGCAGAGGAAACUGGCUCUGGAGAAGCCACCACAAGCUAUAUCUGAAGUGAUAGAAGAAACAGCCCUGGACAUUGACCACUUAAACCACCUGAACGGACUGUUGGACUCGGGCACUGGAGGCUUCCGCUGCACCACUACUGAGAUGUGCCAUCCUGAUCAUAGCUCCGUGUUGCUGGAGGAGUUCAGCCGCAUGCGCCAGGAGCGGUUUCUCACAGACCUCGUGCUGGCCACUAAGACAAAGUCCUUUGAUGUACACAAAUUGGUGAUGGCCUCCUGCAGCAACUACUUCCGUGAGCUGCUUAAGAGCGAUCCAAAAGUGCAGAGAGUGGAGCUGGAAGCACUAUCUCCCCUUGGCCUGGCCACUGUUAUCACCUAUGCCUACAUGGGCAAAAUCAACUUAUCGCUGUACACCAUUGGCUGCACGGUGUCUGCUGCCACUCAGCUCCAGAUCCCCCAGCUCCUGCAGAUGUGCACUGACUUCUUGACACAAGAAAUGACGGUGGAGAACUGCAUGUACAUUUCGAAUAUCGCCGGAACAUACGGCCUGAACUCGGCACGUGAUGCAGCCCGACUCUUCUUGCGAGAGAACUUUGUUGAAUUCUCAGGGACCGACCAUUUCCUGAAGCUGACAUAUGAGCAGAUCUCUGAGCUCCUCUUGGAUGAGGCGCUACAGCUACCUUCAGAGGUGACUGCCUUCCAGGUGGCAGUCAAAUGGCUAGAGUUUGACGCCAAGAGGAUGCGCCAUUCAGGGGAGCUGCUGGCACAUGUGCGCUUUGGCACGAUUUCUGCCCAGGAACUGGUGAGCCAUGUUCAGCCUGUACCAUGUAUGAUGCAAAACCCAGAGUGCCAUCGCUUAUUGGUUGAUGCAAUGAAUUACCACCUGCUGCCAUAUCAGCAAAACAGUUUACAGUCCCGGCGGACCCGAGUCAGAGGUGGCCAGCGAGUGCUAGUGACAGUAGGUGGGCGCCCUUCCCUCACCGAGAAAGCUCUGAGCCGAGAGAUUUUGUAUCGGGACCCUGCCAGCAAGAACUGGUACAAGCUCUCAGAAAUGCCAGCCAAGAGUUUCAAUCAGUGCGUAGCUGUGAUGGAUGGAUUUCUUUAUGUGGUUGGAGGAGAGGAUCAGAAUGAUGCUAGGAACCAGGCCAAGCAUGCCGUGAACAGUGUAUGCAGGUACGACCCUCGUUUUAACGUCUGGCUGCACUUGUCUGGAAUGCAUCAAAGAAGAACGCACUUCAGCCUGACAGCCUGCAGUGGAAUGCUGUUUGCUAUUGGGGGGCGCAACUCAGAGGGCAUCCUAUCAUCCAUGGAGUGCUAUGUGCCAUCUUCUAACACCUGGCACAACAAGAAAAGUAUGGAGCUCCCACGAUGCUGCCACUCCAGCACUGUGGUAGAUGGACAGAUCCUGGUUACAGGGGGCUAUAUUAACAGUGCCUACUCUCGCACCACCUGCAGUUACAAUCCUGCCACUGACAGCUGGCACGAGCGUGCAAACCUGAGCACACCUCGAGGGUGGCACUGCAUGGGGGCAAUUGGAGACCUAGCUUAUGUAGUGGGAGGCAGCCAGCUGGGACCACGGGGGGAACGUAUAGAUGUCCUGUCUGUGGAAUGCUACAACCCAGCUAGCGGCCAGUGGGGCUAUGUGUCCCCCUUACCCACAGGGGUCAGCACAGCUGGCCUCACAACACUUGAAGGUCGGCUCUACCUACUCGGGGGCUGGAACGAGAGUGAAAAGAAAUAUAAGAAAUGUGUGCAGGCCUAUGACCCGGCCCUGAAUCUGUGGCUUGAGGACGAGGAGCUGCCAGAAGCUACUGUUGGGGUGUCUUGCUGUACCAUCACCCUGCCGCGACCGCCCACAGGCCGCAGCAGGAGCCGGGCCAGCAGUGUGACGUCCACUCCAGCCAGUUUAUAAAUUGAGGAACUAUAAGGAAAAGGGGAAUGGUGUUCACACCACUCCGGCCAAAACCAUUGCACAAUUUCUUUUUUUUUUCACACAGCUACUCAUUUCCACAUUUAUUUAUUUUAUUUAUGUUUUUGAUAAGGCUUUGUACUGGGCAUUACAGUCCAGUUUGGAUGAAUUUAUCAAGGAAUCACAAAUGCUUGUGCUAAUGACACAUUCUAAUGGCGUUGAGUGACGGGGUGCAGCCUCCACAUGCUGCCCUUGACCCCAAGGAUCAAUAAACAUCUCUUAUGAAUGUCUUCCGGCACCCACAACAGCUUGAUCCACAAGGAGAGCAAUGCAUGGCAGACCUACCACCUUGAUCCUUGGGUAAGAGGCAGAUGGAGACCGCAUGAUAGAAACAAAUCAGAAGCAGGAAUGAACAGAGUAAAAAUAGAACGACACGUGAACGAAUGGAAGUCAAGUAUUUGCAUGCCAUUUCAUUUUUAGCCUGCUGACGGAGGUCGUGGGGUUGGGUGUUUCCAAAGAGGAAAAUCAGAAGUAGGAGGAGGCAUGCAAGAAACCAGCUGCUUAUAGCCAGAAGAGGAGCUUUCUAAGCAUGUGUGUGUGAGUGUCAGCGUGAUAAAGAAGGGAUGAUGAGUCAAACUUCAGGGGUCAAUAAUCUCAAGAAAAGGUGAACGACUCACGCAGAAUGUGUUUACUGGCAGAUCCCACUUAUUUUGGGAUGGUGUAGGGAAACUCAGGUUGCCUCUUUUACUUUACAGUGGCAACCAACUUAUUUCUAUGUGGUGUUGAGUGGACUUAAUGUUUUAAGUGCUAUAAAUGAAGCUGUCCAUCAUUCGCCCACUACUGUUUGAGGAAAUCAGUUGUUAGCAGAAGGAUAACCAUGGUGGUUGGUCACUGGGUUAUCAUUCAUCUCACUCACCACGGGCUGGCCAGUCCCAGAGUCACCUCAUGUCCUCAUUGGGACUCAGAGCUGCCCAGGUAGCGAGACCAGGCUGCUGAUAGAUGGAGCCUGCCAACCAACUGGGAGAAAAUCCCAAAAUGGACUGGAGUGUAAACAGGCAUUGUUUAAUCUACACUGACAAUGUGGUGUGGUAUUACAUAAGUCACCUGUGGAUGUUUUGUGAUGAAAGUUGAAAUAUUUUGUCAUUUUCUUGGGAUUCAUUCAUACACUGGAACAAGUGGCUUUACUGAUCAGAUUAGGGAAGAAGGAAAAGCAGACCCACCAUGAGAUGACAGCAUGUGACAAAAGUUAUUGGACUUGGCGGGCAUGAAUAAAUUAAGAAACCAAAGCGCUAGCUGUGUAUCUUGAAGGCUUGAGUAAAAUGACAAUGAUCCAGACAUACUAAAGCACAGAUAAAGGCCAGGUAUGCUGUCAGGGAGUAGCGUGAUAUAGAUGGUGAAAAGGAGUAUGACGCAUUGUAUCCUGACAGGCAGGCCGAAGGCAAACAAAGGAAGAGAUGUCCUUCAAGUGAGGAAAAAAGUCUUACAUACAAAGGGACGUCAAAAUAAGACAAUAAUAAAAAAAAAAAGAACAUUUUUUAAAGUGAGUUAGGGUAGAAGUUGCUGCCAGUCAUUCUAUGGCGGGGUUAGCUUCUGAUUGCAUGUUCAUUUUUAUUUUUAAAACAGUAAAGGAUCAUCUAAGAUAGAGAACAGCAGCACCAGGGGGUCUUCUGGUUUCACUGCAAUUUAACUCUCCAGGGAGCUUUUAUGUCUCCAUUGAUUGCCAUUCAAAUCAUUAACUUAUUUUCUGUAUGCAUUUUGUUACAUUCACACCUGUGCUGUUGGACACUGUACCAAAGUUACUAGGCCCAAGACAGGAACCAGACCUGGAUGGGGUAGCAGUUCAUACUUCCUCACGCAGGGCCAUUUUAGAGUUUAAUUCCGUCUAUUUUUGUCUAGCCCUCUUAGCUGUUGGCAGGCUCAGGGUUCUGUUACACAUUCAAAGGUGAAUGCAAUUAUAAAAUUAGUUACAUAAUGAAUACUAAUACAGGCUCACAGAGCAUAAACAUAACUAAAUAGAGACCAGCAAUGUCUGUUCAUUAAUUUUUGAACAAUGGCCGAACGACAACAGAUGAGAGUUAAAUAAAAACUACAGCCAGCAACAUCAGUUAGGAAAAACAUACUGGUGGUGGGGCUAUUUAACCUAAGAAAUAAAUAUUGCACUUUCUAUGCAAUUAGUAAUUCAAGUUUUAUUGCCGUUAAGGAAAUUAGUCAUCAGGCCAAUGGGACCCACAGUGUAGGAAAUCAGUGCGCACAAAAUUGUCCCACUAAUCAGUACCAUUUAUUUGAUAAACAUAAGACUUUCCUUCAGCUUUGACUUAAAUGCUUUUGUUUUUUCGCUUCCUAAUUAAAUGCCCUGUGAUGGACUGGCACCUUAUCAAGACGUGGGUUCUACCUUGUGCAUGAUGUCACUGAAAUAGACUUCAGCUCCACAUCAUCCUGAUCUGAAUUAGUCAGUUCAGAAACUGGAUGGAUGAAUGGACAAAUUAAAAAUAUCUUCAGAAAAUUCUCUCUCAAGAACAUUGGAAACCAGAACACCAAAAGGUUUUGUCAUAGCUGUUCCUGAACCAAGUGGGAUAUCAAUCUUGUAUGUACAGCAAGUGGUUCAGUUAAAGGACGUUUUCAGUGAACAAACAGUAGGCGGAACUUGGUGGAGUAGUGGCCUGUAAGAAAUGCACCAUAGGGAUAGGUUUUUCAUGACUGCGCCCCACUUUGGCUGUAUAGUUGAUACUUACCUCUUGAAAGGGAUACCGGUCUCUUUCAGAAAAGAAAUGUGGGAGAAACUUCUUGAAUGUCCAGGUUAUAAUGCGAUUCUGGAAUGGAGGGAGCUAGGUGUACUGUAGCUGUAUGUGCUCAAAGGAGUGCACCCCUGAUGGACAGGGAGAGAAGCUGGACAGAAGGUAAACGUCGAUCACCAGCUACAUGGCUUUGUGUCUCUCAGCUUCAGAGAUGUGGGGCAAGAGGGCAGAAAAAAAAAGGAAGCAAGUUUUAGGAGGCCACUGCUAAGCAUGUUAUUGGGGAAUGGAAGAUGAUAAAGAAGAGAUGAUCUUAAUAUAAUAAAGUAUUAUGCAAAGACUCUA